AUGUUGUGGCUACUGUGGGCGCCAGUCGCUCUCGCGGCUGUAAUCAUCGCAGUGGAUCGACUGCGUAAGAAGAUGAAGCCGAAUUACGGGCUUCCACUCGUUGGAUCUCCUAAUGAACGGAGCCUGUCUUCCGCUAUUAUGGAUGGCUAUCAAAAGUAUCCAGACACGGCGUUCGUGGUUCCAAGCGACCCCCCAAGGGUCAUGCUUCCAAUGAACCUAUACCAAGAGGUUAUCCAAGCACCAGACUCUGAGAUGUCCUUCGCUGCUGAGAUUUACGACAUCUUCCUCGGCCGCUACACUCACGUCGGCGAGAGUCGAUGGGAAGUAAUCGAGGCCGUACGAAUCGACUUGACAAGGAAUAUGUCUGGUGUUCUCCGGCCAAUUCAGGAGGAAGCUAAAUUCGGCUUGAGUCAGCUAAUUGUAAAUUCGGCAGAGUGGAAGACUCUCAAUAGCUACCAUCUAGUUCUCCGCAUGAUCGGGUUGAUGACUGGCCGGGUCUUCGUUGGCAUGCCCUUGAGUCGCGAGGAGGACUGGAUUAGGGCUUCGAUUACCUUCGCUACAGAUGUGGGCAAAAGUCGUAUGGCUGCCCUCCGAUGGAACCCGUGGAUCAGGCCUCUUGUCCUCCCGUUUAUUCCUGAGGUGCGCCAUACGCGCCGAGCGCUUCAAAAAGCAAACGAGCAGAUGCGACCUUUAGUCAAGGAAGUUCUCCGAAGUGAGAGCUUGCCUGACGAAAAGCCGGCGAAACCAGGUGCUCCUGGAGCUUUCGUAUCGUGGAUGAUGAAGUAUCUAACUGCCGAGGAGAAGACUCCAGAGACAAUGGGGACCAACCAGAUGUUGCUUUCGUUUGCUGCCAUUCACACAACUUCCGGCACAACCACAUUAGCUCUUCACGACUUGCUUGGCCGCCCCGAGUACAUCGAGCCUCUGCGUGAGGAGAUCGAAGAAGUCAUCAAAGAAGAUGGUGUAGAGAAAGACGAAAAUGGGCAAGUGUUUCUUUCAAAGUCUUCUAUGGGCAAGUUGAAGAAGCUCGAUAGCUUCAUCAAGGAAAGUCAGCGCACCAGUCCAUUGAGCUUUGCCGGCACAUCCAGAAGGCUUCGCAAAGACCAAACCUUUUCCAAUGGCAUGAAGUUGCCAGCUGGAACCGCCAUCUCCUUUCCAUUAUGGGCUGUAUAUAAUUCUACCACAACAAAGACCUUCAGCCCAGAGUAUAAUGCCGAGACUGGCAAUGCACCACCAAGCGAGUUCGACGGUUUCCGUUUCGCACGCCUACGAGAUCAACCAGGUCGUGAGAUGAAGCACCAAGCUGCGACAACUGGACCAGAUGCGUUCAACUUUGGGCAUGGCCCGCACGCAUGUCCGGGACGCUUCUUCGCUGUCUAUGUGAUCAAGUGCAUAUUCAUUGAGUUGUUAAUGAACUAUGACAUCCAUCUGAAGGGAAGUGCCGGUAAGACGAUGGAGAGACCACCGAACCAAAUCAACAAAAUGAUCGUGCAACCGAAUUUCGGGGCCGAGGUUGAGGUGCGAAAGCGUACGAAGGUUUGA